CAUAAACCCCCUUCAAAAUUCAAAGCCUCCAAAACUGCAAAACCAAACAAGCGCCAACAGAAGCUUUUGAAAAACAAAAAUGGCGCUCGCUCUUUACUUUCACUUCUCACACUCCCUCUCUAUCCGCCAUUACUUAAUCCUCUCAACUUCUCACAGCCCAGCCCUCUAUCUCUCUGUUCAAUCCCUAAGGCACCACCCAAGGAAAUAGGGAGUGUGGCUGAAUGGUCGGUUCAAUGGCAGAGCAGGAGAAUUGUGUUCGCCUUACUCGUGCAGCCAAAAAGAGGGCGGCGGCAAUGACCACCGUGGAGGAGCAGCCGUUGCUUAAGAAGAGAGUGGUGUUGGGGGAGCUGCCUAACUUAUCAAACGUUGUCGUUACAGUGAAUAAGAGCGCUGCGGAUUUACCCCGGAAGCAGAAAAUUAAGCCUAAGCCAAAGGCUAAGAAGGCUAUCGCAGUCGAGAAGGAUGAAGCUCCGAAGGAGGAUUUUGACGGAAUAUCUGAUGACCCCCAGAUGUGUGGACCAUAUGCAUCUGACAUUUAUGAGUAUCUUCAUAAAAUGGAGGUAGAUCCAAAGAGAAGACCCUUACCUGAUUACAUAGAGAAAGUUCAAAAGGAUGUUACUCCCAAUAUGAGAGGGCUUCUUGUGGAUUGGUUGGUAGAGGUUGCAGCGGAGUACAAGCUUGUCUCUGAUACUUUAUAUCUCACUGUUGCGUACAUAGAUAGAUUCCUGUCUUUGAAUGUCCUUAACAGACAGAGACUUCAACUACUGGGUGUUUCCUCAAUGCUCAUUGCAUCAAAAUAUGAAGAAAUCAACCCUCCAAAUGUGGAAGACUUUUGCUAUAUAACUGAUAAUACAUACACCAAAGAAGAGGUGGUGAAGAUUGAGGCUGACAUACUCAAGUCCCUGAAGUUUGAAUUGGGCAGUCCUACAGUGAGGACAUUCCUAAGGAGAUUUACCAGGGUUGCACAAGAGGAUUACAAGAGCUUGAAUUUGCAGCUCGAGUUCCUGGGGUACUACCUUGCUGAGUUAAGCUUGUUGGAUUAUAAUUGUGUGAAAUUUUUGCCUUCUUUGGUGGCUGCAUCUGUUAUCUUUCUGGCAAGAUUCAUAAUUAAACCAAAGAUGCAUCCCUGGACUUUAACCCUGCAACAGUAUUCUGGAUACAAAUCUUCUGAUUUGAAGGAAUGUGUUCUUAUAAUACAUGACUUGUAUUUGAGUAGAAGAGGUGGUGGAUUACAAGCCGUGAGAGAAAAAUACAAACAGCAUAAGUUUAAACGUGUUGCAAGUAUGCCUUCACCUCCAGAGGUACCGGCAUCUUUUUUCGAAGACCUUGAAGAAUGAAUGUUUGGCAUUUAAUGACUUGGGGAGGUUACAAGUGAAUGAGAAUGGACCCUGCUCUUGGAAUUCCUAAAAGAGAGGAAUCCCAGCGUCAGAAACAUAGCUAUUUGAGAUGUUCCAGCUUAAUCCUGGUUGAUAGAGGGGAAGUUUUCGCAAUGAUCUGCUGUGGUUUUAUCCUUGCUGGUGCUUGUGAAUCUGCUGCUUAGGGAUUUAACAGUCAGCAUGAAUGGCAUUUACUAACGCAAUUAGCUGCUAAUUAUACCUGAGGCAAGGCAACUCUUUGGAUUGUUAGGAAAUUGGAUUUCCUUGGAAAAUAUUGUAAAUGUUUUGAUGACACGGUUUUUAUUUUAUUUCAAAUGUGCACAUGGUGUAAAAUCCUUGUGCUCUGAAAUGAUAUGUAGCCAUGCCUGUUUCACUUUUUCAGGCAUAUCAGAAAUUCAUUAGAGUUCCAUCUAAAUUAGUUUAGAUGGAUUCUCACCA